AACGGCAGAGCCGCUCCGCGCUCUUUUCUUCUUCCAUCAUCCCCGCUUUCAGGCAGAGAGGACCAGCAUCCCCCUCCCCGGGUGCGUCUCUGUCCCCCGGCGCUGCACCGUCCUUAUCUAUAACAUGGAAAUACAAGACUGCCGUUCUUCCAUCUAGACGGGAAGUCUCACCUCACAGAGUCAAGACGGGUGGCACAAUGAGUGAAGAACCACCGGUCACCCCCAGCUGGCUUACCCCUGACCCCACAGCAUGGGCCAGCGGAGGCGGGGGGCCGAUGGACAACAGCACCAGCCUGGGGAUGUUUCCACCAGAGGACUCCCUGCCACCCAGCCAGCUGCCCCUGCUGGUCAACCCCUGGGACAUUGUGCUGUGCUCAUCUGGGACUCUGAUCGCCUGUGAGAAUGCUCUGGUGGUGCUGGUGAUCUGGCAGAACCCGGCGCUGAGAGCCCCCAUGUUCCUGCUGAUCGGAAGCCUGGCGCUGGCCGACCUGCUGGCCGGCCUGGGCCUGGUGCUUCACUUCACCUGUGCCUACUUGCUUCGUUCCGACUCGGCCCAGCUGCUGACUGUGGGCCUGGUGGUGGCCUCCUUCUCCGCCUCCGUCUUCAGCCUGCUGGCCAUCACUAUCGACCGCUACCUGUCGCUCUACUAUGCCCUCACCUACAACUCAGAGCGGACAGCGGCCUUCACCUACACCAUGCUCGUGCUGCUGUGGGGCCUCUCCCUGUGUCUGGGCCUGCUGCCGGUCACAGGGGUCAACUGCCUGGCAGAAGAGGCUACGUGCAGUGUGGUGCGGCCGCUGACGAAGAACAACAUCGCCGUGCUGUCCGUCUCCUUCCUGCUGCUCUUUGGCCUCAUGCUGCAACUCUAUGUCCAGAUCUGCAAGAUUGUGAUGCGCCACGCUCAUCAGAUCGCCCUCCAGCACCACUUCCUGGCUGCCACACCCCACUACGUCACAACACGGAAGGGCGUGUCAACGCUGGCCAUCAUCCUGGGUACCUUUGCGGCCUGCUGGAUGCCAUUCACUGUCUACUCCCUCAUUGCUGACUACACCUACCCUCCACUCUACACCUACGCCACGCUGGUGCCUGCCACCUACAACUCCGUUAUCAACCCAGUCAUCUAUGCCUUCAGGAACCAGGAGAUCCAGAAGGCGCUGUGGCUGGUGUGCUGUGGCUGUGUGCCUGCCACGGUGGCCCAGCGUGCAAGGACCCCUAGUGACGUCUGACCAAGCAGACCCAGGUGGGAAGAGAGAGGCGCCCUGGGUCAGCUCUGCUCCUCACUGGGUCUGUCCAGUGUCACAGAGAGCAGCAGCAGGGGAAGUGGCAGAGGGCUGUGGCUUCAGCUCUGGCUGGAAAUGUCACUGGCAGAGGCAGUUUGGUUAGUUAUCCACAACCCACCUGGAAGGAUGGCAUUUUUUUCUUUGUUGCAAUCACCAUAGGGCAAAGUAUCUCACUGUCUUCCCCAGUAAAGGCAGCCACUGCGCGGGCGGCAUCCCGCCCCCUCCUGUUCAACCCGUGCCACGCCCUUCCUCUGUUCUGCAGAGAGCGCUAGGUGCAUCACAUGUUACAGGCAGCAGCUGUAUAUAGAAUGUGCAUAUAGUUACCAGCACCAGACCUUUGGUUGACACGUGCUUGUUUUUGUUCAAAUAGAGGGGGAAGAUUAUUGGUUUGCGCUUCUGUGCGUGCGUAAAAGCGCACGGCGGAUUAACAAAGCAGUGUGUGCGGUGAAGAGAGGAGAGGAAGGGAGAGCGCGUCCGCGGUUGAAUACGCAGGCAUUUCCACAGUGAAGCCCGUCUGGAGCAGCAUCCCGGCGCUCUGCUGCUGCACUCUGAACGUGCGUCGAAAGCUAAACAGCCGCGGAGAGCUAAAAAUAGACCCGGUGCUCUCUGAUCCGCGCCCUGCGUCCUCCACAGGCGCCGAGAAAGAAAUCAAGCCGCUUCUUCUUCUCCUCGCCUCUCCCAUUUUCUGUCUUCUUUUCCCUCUGGAUUGUGCGCGAAUGUGUUUUAUUUGUGCUUGCGUCUGGGAGGCUCAAGACAAAGCCCUAGGAGACCCCCACCAUUAACCCCUUCUCCUCCACCUUUUAUUGGUACGGAGGCACCAAACCUAGGCCUAUAAACCUAUCGGAUUAUGUAACCACAUUAUAUCCCUCCUCUUUCACCUUUUGAGUCGAAAUUGCUUUUUGAAUGUCUGGAGGUUGCUUUAGAAUUUCACUGCUGUUUAUUUGAAUAAAGGCCACGAAUUAGAGUGAUAGAGAGCCUAAGGUCAUUUUAAAAUGAAUAUGAAAUAUAAUACCCCUAAAUGAAUCCCAUAGCAGAUUAAAUCAACAUGCCUAUGAUGAAAUCAAAGCAAACCUAUAGACAAAAGCUUACAUGGCGUGUAUACUAAAGUAUACAGGGGAUGUCUCUCUGCAAAAUCUGAAUGUAAUUCCAUCUAUUUGAUAUUCUUCGGCUCCCAAAGAGCCUCACACCGACCACAUUAUAUCUGAUCUGCAUGCUAGACUUCAGUGUAAUUUGCAUGCAACAAGCACAGAUCCACUGUUUUCCCGCUGAGUUCAGUGUGGUAGGUCACAUAGGCCACUGGAGGCAAUGUGUCAUGGUACCCUGAUGUCAUCAUGACCCUAAUAAUUUUGUUUAUGUACAAUGUGCCGCAGUGUACUUCACCUGUAUUACACUGAAAGAGCUACAAUCAUCAAUGGACGGUCACAGGAUUUGCACCAUUUUUCUUUGCAAAAUGCAGAAUGUUUUGAUAUUUUUCUGUAUAGAGCAGAUACGAGCUCAGAUGUCUGCUUUGAUCAUGCUUUGAGGUCAAUUUACUGUAAUUUAA